AAAACAUAUAUACUCAGAUUUUCCAAUUUUUUUUUUUUUUUUUCCAUUUAUAUAUUUUCAUUUUCACGUUCAACUUUUUUUUACGAAUCCAAAGUUCCGAAAUUUUCUCGAGAAAAUUUUGCAGAGAAAAUCCGACUUGUGAAUGAAAAGCGACGACUUUCGGUGAAAACAUCGGGUUUUUUCGGAUUUAGAGAAGCGGAGAUGAGAGGUGCGAAUGGAGAUUCGAGAGCUUUGAACAACGCUUUGGAGACUAUAAGCGCUGCUGCUACUGCGAUCGCAUCGGCUGAGAAUCGUGCUCCACAAGCCACAGUUCAGAAGAGAAGAUGGGGCAGCUGCUGGAGCAUAUAUUGGUGUUUUGGACCUCUCAAACACAGAAAGCGAAUUGGGCCUUCUGUUCUUGUUCCUGAAACAACACCCACUGGAACUGACGUUUCUGGAUCUGAAAAUCCAACCCAAGCAUCUUCAGUAGUACUUCCCUUUGUUGCACCGCCCUCCUCACCGGCAUCUUUCCUUCAAUCAGAACCACCUUCUGUUACGCAAUCCCCGGUGGGUUUAUUGUCGCUCACCUCUAUUUCCGCCAAUAUGUACUCCCCAGGGCCUGCCUCAAUUUUUACUAUAGGCCCUUACGCACACGAAACCCAGUUAGUCUCACCACCUGUUUUCUCAACCUUCACCACUGAACCGUCGACUGCUCCUUUCACUCCACCUGCUGAGUCUGUCCACUUAACUACACCUUCCUCACCUGAGGUGCCAUUUGCUGAGCUGCUUGACCCUAACCAUCGGAAUGGUGAAGCUGCUCAGAAAUUCCCAUUCUCCCACUAUGAAUUUCAGUCUUAUCAACUUCACCCUGGGAGCCCAGUUGGUCACCUAAUAUCCCCAAGCUCUGGCAUCUCAGGUUCAGGCACCUCAUCUCCCUUCCCUGACCAUGAAUUUGACUUCCGUGAGUUUCGAACAGGUGACCCUCCCAAGCUCAUGAACCUUUAUAAGCUGUCCCCCCGUGAAUAUGGAUCGUGUCAAGGUUCUGGUUCUUUGACGCCAGAUGCUGUGAGGCCCACGUCUCUUGAUUGUUUUCUUCACAAUGGUCGGAUCUAUGAUGUUGGAUUACACUCACAUCCUGACAAUGGAAGGCGGGAUGACGAGAUUGCUGUCAACCGUAGAUUCUCGUUUGAGUUAACUGCUGAAGAUGUAAGAUGUGUUGAAAAGAAGCCAUUGCCAUUGGCCGAAGCCGUAUCAGUCUCACUAAAAGAUGCUACAUCUGCUGAAAUUCAAAAUCCUACAAAAAUCACGGAUUGUAAUGAGUGCCGUGUCGGUGAAACAUCCAAUGAUGCACCAGAGAAAGCUCCCGAGGAUAGGGAGGAGCCAGAGCGCCAUCAGAAGCAUCGGUCCAUCACUCUUGGUUCGGCGAAAGAAUUCAAUUUUGACAAUACAGAUGGAGGAGACUCUUGUAAGCCUAAUGUUGGCCCUGACUGGUGGGCAAAUGAGAAGGUUCUUGGGACGAAGGAGGGUGGGCCGGCCAAGAAUUGGUCUUUCUUCCCCAUCAUACAGUCAGGUGUCAGCUAGCUAGUAUACCAUCUCACUCAACUCCUCCAUUAUCAUGGAGAAUUGCAGGAAUUUGCAGCAACUCAACCCCCAGAAUGGAAUUUGCAGCAACUCAACCCCCAGAAUGCUGAAUCUAGUCGUAGAGAAAGUUAUAGGUUUAAUUGGAAGGUCUAUAACAUGACUGACCCAGGUAUGGAGGCUUUUUCGGCCUAAAAGACGGCAGACAAAAAUUGAGAGCUGCCUUUUGAUGUUUGUGCCAUCACCCCUUUCAUAUGUAAUAUAAAUGACAAUGGAACAGUGAUAGAGUAAGAAUAGUAUAAUACAUAAACAGUGCUGUUAAUGAUCAAAAUUUGAUUUCUUGUAUGAA